AUGUCCCCACCUGGGAGCUGUGUCCAGCUCGCAGCUGGGGUCCUGGCCUUCGUCUUCCAGGACUGCCUCAAGCUCUUCAUCAUCAGCAACGUGUGGGCCUGCCGGGGGGACCUCGACCUGCAGAACCUCAUCGACUUCGCUCAGGAAUUUUGGUCUUGCUGUGGGGCCCAUGGACCCAACGACUGGAACCUCAAUAUCUACUUCAACUGCACGGACCUGAACCCCAGCAGGGAGCGCUGUGGGGUGCCCGUCUCCUGCUCUCACCCUGUCCUGCGGCUGCUCCCCGCAGGGGACAUCCCCAAUACACAGUCCGGCUACGGUGUCCGGCUGAAACUGGAGAUGGAGCAGCAAAGCUUCAUCCAGACCAAUGGCCGCGUGGCGCAGUGUGAGAGACAGCUGCAGGACAAUCUGAUCGCGGUGGCUGGGAUCUUCGUGGGCAUCGCGCUGCUCCAGGUCUCCGGCGUCGGCCUGGCGCAGAACCUGGUGAGCGACGUCGAGGCCGUGAAGGCGAAUUGGUGA